AGUCUUAUGAUGAAAAUUGUAUAAUAAGGAUAUGUUGUGUUUGGGAUGACAGGUGGCCGACAAGUUGUUGUCGUCGUUCGGUCAGGACAUCUUAGACGCCCUGUUCUGGACUGCAAACGAGCCGAAGGGUAAGAAGAGGCAACAUUUCGGGGUUAUGGCUCACUUGGGUAUGGCUAUCGUCUAUGUGUCAGUCACAGCCUUCUAGUGCUUCUUCAGGCGACCACUUUGAAUGUUGCCAUCAAUUCAAAGAACAAAGCAUUGCUUACUGUAAUGAUGUCUAAUAAUUUUGUAGAGCUCAAGGGAAUGGUGUUCAAGAAGUUUGAGAAAACAAAUCUAUUUCAAAUGUCUUGCAGUGAUGUGAGGGAACGCUUUCAUUACAUAAUCCUAUUAAUCGUUGUUAUCAUUCAAACAAUGAAAGAAUAUAAUUGGAGUGACAAACAGUUUUGG